AGCUGAAAUUUUACUGAAGAAAUAAGAAUGCAAUUUUGGUACAAAUUUUUUCGUAUUUCGCGAAUGAAUAUCGAACUACUCAAUUAUGAUGCAUUCUAGAACUAACUUUUUACUAUUCCCUGUGAAAAGAAACAUGUCUGCGCCCAUCAAAAGUUGAUGCUUUCGAACAUUUAGUGCGUCAUUCAAAAUUUGUCCCUCUUAAGGCGUUGUUGUUUAGCCUAACUUUAUCAAGACAUCUAAAAACAAAAGCAUGGGAUUGUAUAUGAUAUACCUAAACGGGAAUAUAUGAAUUCGAAUUUAAAGAGGACAUUCUUGCGGAUUCUGCAGUUUACUGCCUGUUUUUCCACAGGAGCUGUCGUAAAAUCCCAGUUUACUACGAGUAAAGCUUUUACAUUUUCAAUGGCAAAUUUUCCGUCUUGUCACCGGUUAAUACAGAUUCAUGGUGAAGACGACCGGAAGAAUGACAUUAUUUUCUGUGGGGAUAUUCGAAAUGCUGUCAGUCAUAUCAUUUUCUUUGGAGGUGACGUUCAGGAUUACCCUGAAAACAUGCUGGCACACCGCGAUAACAAACAUCAUAUCAAGUGGAGCCUGGAAGCCACUGCCAAACUUCUCUACCAGAAACACCCAAACAGUGCUAUAUGGGUGAUCAAACCAGCCAAUAUGUACAUCAAGACAUUCAGCUCCUUCUCAAAUUUUGUGGAUUGCAGUGAAAUUGGCGUGCCCUCUCCUGAGCCCACGGAUCAUGGUGCUUUUCGACAUCUUCAGAAAUUGUUUCUCAUGGGUGUUCUCCAGGCAUACACAAUACCAGCUGAGGAGACACACGCCACGUGUCCGAGUGACAACGCCUCCUCGGAACCCCACCCGGCAGCCACUACCCUUCCCAUAUCAGUAGUAGGGUUCAGUAAGGGUUGUGUAGUGCUGAACCAGCUUCUCUUUGAGCUCCAAGCUGCCAAGGCUGACCCAGAACUCGGCAAGUUUGUGAGUCAAGUGCAGAGUAUGUAUUGGCUGGAUGGAGGGCACAAUGGGGGGUCUAAAACCUGGGUCACAGACAGGACGAUACUCUCGUCUCUGGUAGGGACAAACAUCGAAGUUCAUGUACAUGUGACGCCAUAUCAGAUAAAUGACCCAAUGAGAAAGUGGAUAGGAAAAGAAGAAAAAAAGUUUGUGGAGGAACUGGAGAAGCUGGGAGUCAAGGUGAAAGAGACUGUCCAUUUCAAAGAUGAACCCAGGUCUAUUGAGAAUCAUUUUAGAGUUCUCGAGGAGUUUGGGGGAAGAACUUGAGCCUCUAAGUGGCUACAGUAUGCUUGGUUAUUUCAGUGCUUGGCACAUGGGAAGAGUUUUUUUUUUUUUUUUUUUUUGUAAAUGUAGUGGAAAUUCUUUGGAUAUUCUAAUCUAACCCCCAUUUUCACCCAGCUUUGAAAGCUUGUAGGAUGUUUGUCUCACUCUCAGUAUUGGUUGCAGGGGAUGGCUGGGACCAGAGGCUGAUUGUUGGUAUAUACUAGUACUGUCUUGCAACCAUUUCCCCAGAAGUGCUUAACCAUAUUUCUGUUUUACUUUAAAUUUACUGAGUGGCUGUUUGGUUUUAAAAAAAUGAAGAUUCAUUUUCAAUUUUAAAAUGUGCAUGUACAAGCUUAGCUGUCUAGUUAUUUCUUUUCAUCAACUGUGUCUUAUUGAUCUUUUCACAAAACAAAGAAAUACAGAAGAUCUACAUAAUACAGUAGUUACUGUGCUUGAUGGCUUUGAAACUACAGUAGACUGGGGAUACUGACUGGCAAUACUGAUCUGAAGAGUACAAUAACUGUCAUCACACUUUCAUUCCACAAAAAAAUAAUAUUUUACUCUGCCAAUGUAAACAAGCAUAUACACUGUACACUGGCAUGCCCAUUAAAAUGUAAUACUCAUUUAUAUGACAGGUCAACAAAAAAUAAUAAAAAAAUUAAAAGAAAAGAAAAAGAAAAAAAUCAA